CUCUCUCCCUCUCUCUCUCUCAGAGCAGCAUUAUCUCAGCCUUCUGUCGGACCGAGCGUUUCCGCUCUCAGCAGUUUGGAGAGAUGGGUGCGCACCAGCGUCCCGCUUUCGUUCCUGUUUCAGCAGCAUCCCAUUUGUCAGAAGCGACGCUCAGUAGCAUGAAGGGAUGCACGUCCACGUUCCUCGCUCAGUCUGACUGAUGAGCGUGAACUCGAGUCCUAUUCACAAAAAGAGGUCGAAUCUUUCCACAGAAACUUGAGCGGGAAACAAAGCGUGUGUUUACUUCUUUUCAUGGAGGGGAAUCUCAGACUGAAGUGGGGAUUGUAUUUCUCUGAAGUGAGCCGUCGCUGAGGAUGCGAGAAACAUGAUGCUGAUUGCGAUCAUCGAGCGGAUUCAACGUGGACGGGCACAUUUACGCACUGGGUUGGAGGGUUCACUUUAGGGCACACACUGAAAUUGUUUGUAUUUAGACAAAGGUUGUGAGGAGUGCAGCCUUAAUCAAGACUGUGCUUUGGGACCUGAGAGCAUCCACAUCAUGCAGCUGCAUCCCACAUCCUGAACUCCUGGGACAUUUGUGCGCUCUGUGAUAGAGACUCAGAUUUCCUGCAAAAUCUGGAAGAAAAAUGGCACUGAGCGAAAACUGCAAAACGCAGCCUGCAAAAGAGCAAAGCUCAGUGCAAAUGCCUCCAUCAGAUGUUAUUGAGCUGAAUGUGGGAGGGCAGGUGUAUUACACUCGCCAUGCCACCUUGGCAAGCUUUCCAAAUUCCUUACUUGGAAAACUGUUCUCUAAUAAGAAGGGCUCUUCAAAUGACUUGUCCCGGGACUUUAAAGGACGUUAUUUCAUCGACAGAGAUGGCUUUCUGUUCCGGUAUGUAUUGGAUUACCUUAGAGACAAGCAAGUUGUUCUCCCUGAUCACUUUCCCGAGAGAGGGAGGUUGAAACGAGAGGCGGAAUAUUUCCAGCUGCCAGAUCUGGUCAAACUUCUGUCCUCUGAGGAGUCAAACCUCAUCUCAGACGAGUUGAACUACAGUGAUGUGGAUGAUGCGUCGCAGGACAGCGAUCAGAGGUUUUACCCCUCUUACUCCCUGGACAGGAGGUACGGCUACAUCACGGUGGCUUUGACAGGCGUUCGUGCGGCCGGAGGCAGAGAGAGUCUCAUUGAUGGUAAGGCCAAAAAGUUACCACGGAUCUUCAUCAGCAGCAGGAUCGGCUUGGCGAAGGAGGUGUUCGGAGACGCCCUGAAUGAGAACAGGGACACGGACCGACCACCGGACCGGUACUCCUGCAGGUUCUACCUCAAGUUCCGGCACCUGGAGAGAGCUUUUGACAUGCUGUCAGAGAGCGGCUUUCACAUUGUGGCCUGCAACUCGUCCCUGACUGCGUCCCCCAUCGGCCAUUACGCGGAUGACAGGGUCUGGUCCAAUUACGCACAGUACAUCUUCUACCGUGGGCCCUCGAAGUGGUCGUCCUCUCACUGUGACUGCUGCUGCAAGAGCCACAAAAGUGAGCACGAGGGUGAGAGUGGUACUUCCUUAAAUGACCUCUCAACUUCCUGUUCUGAGACCCAGUCGGAGGCAAGCUCCCCUCAAGGAACCGUGAUCCGUGGCCCGGUGAGACGGCAGACAAACAUCCAGACGCUAGACCGUCCUAUGCCUAAAGGACCAGCUCAUAUGAUGCAGCAGGCAGAGAUGCGCCGCAAAACUGACAUGCUCCGCGUGAGAACCUUCGGGGUCCGAGAUCGAGAGGCCGCAAAGAGAAAAUCGAACAAGGAGAAGAUGACCCCGCAGCAGGAGCUGGCGAAAUGCAUCCAGGACUUCCAGCGUAUAAGAAUUCCUGAUCGCUUUCCAGAAAGGAAGUAUAUGUGGCAGUCAGAGCUCCUGAGAAAGUAUCGUCUCUAAGUGUGAAGCGUGUGAAGAAAGGAAAAGAAGGGAGUUGGCGCUGUUUUGAGAACGUUUGAGUCACAUUCAGUAAAGAUUACUGACUGCAUUGGCAAUAGACCUCAUGCUCUAAGACACACACUGUACUAGUAAAAAAAUCUAAACUUUGGCCACUUCCCCUGCCAGCAUGACUAGAGGAGUACUCAAAGUACAGGGCAGCGUGAGUCAUUGAUUUGUCAAAUAUGCACAGUGUUGUAUAUGUUAUGCACAUGCGUAAAUCAGGUUACUGCUGUUGGGGCUUACACCGCUAACCUUGUUCUCACUUCAAAGAGCUGGGAGCCAGGCGCACAAAAGGCGACGACUGAAUCACAAGUUGAAGCAACAAAGCAACCUCAGGGGCAAAAAUCAUUUCAAUUCAUCCAACUACCACAUAAUGUAUGUGUAACUGCCCUCGAUAGGUGUUUUCUUUUUCCCUCCAAUGGAUGUACCCAGAUGGUGCUGUGAGUUAGCGAUGGAAUAUCACAAUACUCCACUGAUAACACAUAUACUUAUACGUACGCUUCGAUAACAGCACUGCAUGUCAUUUCACCCUUAGCAUAAAUAUGCAAUAUCAAAAAAAAAACUUCCAUUCACUGUUAGGUGUGAAAGUGUAAAAAUGGUGAGUUAUGACUGAGACUGAUUUCAAUGAGCAAAGCACCAUCUCUUUGUGAAGGUCUGUGUCUCUUUACUGUAUGUGUUGUAUAGACCAUGUUGUGUAGCUAGAAUUUAAUGCCAAUGGACUUUAGGUGUGCAAAAAAGUUAAUAAAUGGGUCACAAUUGUA